UACAAGUCGUGAUGCUGUAUUCUCUCCCAGUGUAUUUUCAGGGAGCUCCAAAUCUUCACUUCUUAGUUGGAGGACACUUCCAGCAGAGGACACGCACGCUCACACACACACAGCGCCGUCCUCCAGAGGUGCAGCAGCAGCCCGCACACCACCACACUGUUUCUAUGUAUGUGCCGGCUCGGUGCAGACAGAGGUUGUAAACAUGGCGGCGGACGGGAUGGUGCUCACCAACCACGACCAUCAGACCCGAGUGGGCAUUCUGACGGUCAGUGACAGCUGUUUCAAGAACUUGGCCGAGGACAGGAGUGGAGUCAACCUGAAGGACCUGGUCCAUGAUCCCUCACUGCUGGGAGGAGUCAUAGCAGCCUACAAGAUCGUUCCAGAUGAGAUUGAUGAAAUUAAGGACACUCUCCUGGAGUGGUGCGAUGAACAGCAGCUGAAUCUCAUCCUCACUACUGGAGGAACUGGCUUUGCACCACGAGAUGUCACACCUGAGGCCACCAGAGAGGUGAUCGAGCGAGAGGCUCCAGGUAUGGCUCUGGCCAUGCUGAUGGGAUCACUCAACGUUACACCACUGGGCAUGCUGUCCAGGCCAGUGUGUGGUAUCCGUGGAAAAACUCUGAUCAUCAACCUGCCAGGGAGCAAGAAGGGCUCUCAGGAGUGUUUUCAGUUCAUCCUGCCCGCUCUGCCCCACGCCAUUGACCUGCUGCGUGAAGCCACAGUCAGGGUUAAAUCUACACACACUGCCCUGGAGCAGCUGCCCUCCCCUUCCCCUCUGCUGGCCAACACGCACAUCAACACGCACAGCAACACGCACACCAUGGAGCGCGGCACCCAGUGCGAGGAAGAGGAAGACGAGGAGGAGGACAGGAGGAGAGGUCGGCACGUGCACAACCACCACCAUCACCAGCACGGCUCCUCCCACAUCACCGCAGCCGCUAUCGCUGCCAAGACGAGCCAUGCUGUGGUCAUGGCUAAGGGGGGUCCCUACCUGCCUGGCAGCACAUCUGCCCCGCCCACUCAUUUCACCUGCUCCUGUACCCAUGACCAGCAGAUCCCGGACUCUAUCAUUUCUCGAGGCGUUCAGGUGCUUCCUCGAGAUUCGGCCUCUUUAAGCUCCACCCCUUCCGAGUCACCGCGGGCAACACAGGCGACCUCCCGCCUUUCCACCGCCUCAUGCCCGACACCCAAGGUUCAGUCACGAUGUGGCAGUAAUGAGAACAUUCUGAGAGCCAGCCACAGUGCGGUUGACAUCAGUAAAGUGGCACGUCGUCAUCGCAUGUCUCCGUUCCCAUUGACGUCAAUGGACAAAGCCUUCAUCACUGUUCUAGAGAUGACACCUAUUCUGGGAAUUGAAGUCAUUAACUACAGAGACGGUUUGGGUCGAGUGCUCGCUCAGGACAUCUAUGCCAAAGACAACCUUCCUCCAUUCCCUGCUUCCGUUAAAGAUGGCUAUGCUGUACGAGCUGCUGACGGCCCAGGAGAUCGCUUCAUCAUGGGAGAAUCACAGGCUGGACAACAGCCCACCCAUACAGUGAUGCCAGGUCAGGUGAUGAGGGUGACAACUGGUGCUCCGAUUCCUUGUGGAGCUGACGCUGUGGUCCAGGUGGAAGAUACAGAGCUUCUGAGGGAGUCUGAGGAUGGCACAGAGGAGCUGGAGGUGAGGAUCAUGGUCCAGGCCCGCCCCGGACAGGACAUCAGGCCAAUCGGUCAUGACAUCAGGCGAGGGGAGUGUGUGUUGGCCAAAGGGACACACAUGGGCCCAUCAGAAAUCGGCCUGCUGGCUACAGUGGGAGUGACAGAGGUCAGCGUGCACAAGUUCCCCGUGGUGGCCGUUAUGUCCACUGGAAACGAGCUGUUGAAUCCAGAGGAUGACCUCCACCCAGGGAAAAUCCGCGACUCCAACCGCUCCACUCUGCUGUCCACCAUCCAGGAACACGGAUAUCCCACCAUCAACCUGGGCAUCGUUGGAGACAACCCUGAUGACUUGCUGUCAGCUCUCCACGAGGGAAUCAGUCGCGCCGAUGUCAUCAUCACCUCAGGGGGUGUGUCCAUGGGAGAAAAGGACUACCUAAAGCAGGUGCUGGAUAUUGACCUUCAUGCUCAGAUCCACUUUGGACGAGUCUUUAUGAAGCCAGGUCUUCCUACUACCUUUGCCACAGUUGACAUUGAUGGAGCACGGAAACUCAUCUUUGCUCUGCCAGGUAACCCAGUGUCUGCAGUGGUGACAUGUAACCUGUUUGUGAUUCCUGCUCUGAGGAAGAUGCAAGGCAUUCUGGACCCUAGACCUACAAUUAUUAAAGCUAGGCUUUCCUGUGACGUGAAGCUGGAUCCCAGACCAGAGUACCACCGCUGUAUUCUCACCUGGCAUCACCAGGAGCCACUGCCCUGGGCACAAAGCACAGGCAACCAGGUUUCCAGCAGGCUAAUGUCGAUGCGUAGCGCCAAUGGUCUGCUGAUGUUACCACCGAAAACAGAGCAGUACGUGGAGCUGCAUAAGGGAGAGGUCGUGGAUGUCAUGGUCAUCGGACGGCUAUGAUGCAGACUUCAAUGUCACUCGCUACCGAUUACCAUGGCAGUGCCAGGACUUCCUGUCUGGACAGGAAACGGGCGGGGGCAGGAAGUGAUGCAU